GCUGCACCCUUUGUAUUGGAGGCAAACAAGCUGCUGUGCCACCUCAUGCACGUCCAACACACAACCUAGGCGGCAAAGAAACGCCCUACGAACUUCUUCAACCUGCCCAAUUUUUCUAUUAAGACGUUGGCUGUGCUAUUUAGUGUCCGUUUCUUGAAGGAAGGUCUAUGGUUGGACCACAGACCAAGACAUGAAGACAGUUGAUGUUGCAGAGGAGUUUGCGGAUCGCAUCAAAGCGAUCCGGGACGCAGACAAUGAGAGGUUUGAGUGGAUGAAUACGUUUCAUACACAAAUUGCGGAGUUGAGCGAGAAAUAUGAAAAUAUCUCCAAGGAUCUGAAGAGGGAGCAAAUUGCUGGGCGUAUCACGCAGGCAGAUGCGGAAAAGUGGCAGCAUCAGUUCGAGGAGCUGCAGCAGUCUGUUCAUGACGGUUCGUUUGUUCUGGUAUUGAUCGAUGCCGAUGCCGAUGCGUAUAUCUUCAAGGAUUCUUACUAUCAGAGUCCUGAUGGCGGUCGCAAGGCAGCCGUGGAUCUUCAGACCCGUGUGCAAGAAUAUCUUCGGAAAGCGAAGCCAGCGUUGGCUGGGUUGCCCAUCAUGAUCAAGGCAUUUGCUAACUCGGACGGACUGUCUAAGUUGCUUGUGAAUGUCAACAUCAUCCAGUCUUCUGGUUUCCUGUGGGACUUUGCGAAGAGCUUUUCGCAGGCUCACGCGAUGUCUGACUUCGUUUUAGUUGGCAAUGGGAAGGAUCGCGCUGAUGAGAAAGUCAAGGGUGUCUUCGAACAAUUUGUUAAGAACCCCACGUGCCGCCAUAUCGUAUUCGGCGCCUGUCAUGAUAAUGGCUACGUCCGAGUGUUGGAAAAACAUGCUGGAGAUAGCGCCGUUGCUGAGCGUGUGACCCUCCUUCAUUCUUUCGAUAUCGGACGAGAAUUCUACACUCUGAGCUUCCAGUCUACUAGAAUGGAGGACAUUUUCCGUGCGGAGUAUGUGCAGGGCUUUGGGGCUGUGGCAUCGGUCGGACAUCAAGCGGUUCCCGAAGAAGAAACCAACGGCACUGCAACGACAUGGGCAGCUCUUGCGAGAGUUACUGAAAGCACCGAUAAGAAGGAUCUUUCCACUAAGAUCAGGGAUGCACAGACAGUUCUGGUAAAUGCAGCCGGUCAGCGAGUUGACGUGAAGCCUGCUCAGCCGUCUAAGGCGGCGUUGGAAAGCUGGAAUCAUAAAGUCAAUGUGCUACGCUUGAGGUUUUGUCGGCCGUACCACUUGUUGGGAGGUUGCAAUGGAAAAUGCAACUACUCUCACGGUCCAUUGACAAAGGACGAAAAGUUGGUUCUCCGAAGGUAUAUUAGGGGCGAGCCUUGUCACGUUGGGCCAAAGUGUCGUGAAGCUAAGUGUUAUUAUGGGCACAAUUGCUCCUGUCAGAAACAGAAGUGCCAGUUUUCUACCGAGAUGCAUCGCGUUGAUGAGUCGACGGCGGAGGUUUGGACGGGUAAACGACGUGGAUGCGGUGUUGUGGAUUUGGUGUGAAUUCGAUAGGUUCGACCGCGAAGUUUCGGACCGGUAAAUCAUGUGGUGAGGCACGUGUUGUUGCGGCGGACGGCGAAGUUGGGAAUGGAGAAGUUUUGGGUGCUCGUGGAUGGUGGAGGAGAUGUGAGUUUUGUUUCGAAUGAGGUAGUGAUGGCGAAAGAGUUUACGGAAACUAGGAGGAUAUGAUGGAAACGAGAUCGAGAGAAUCGAGGGCGCUGAUGUCCAGCCAAUACUCAAGCAUAAGUGAU